ACUUAGGUGCACCCUCCCGCCGUUCCCCGCGUCCUCAUGAUCCGACAUCUUUGCAACAUCUGUGGCAAGCAAGUAACAACAGGGACACUCAUCUUGUGGACUCCAGUGACUCUUCAAAUAAGCAGUACGACUCCCGUGAAGACUACUUCGGCUGCGUUGCUUGAGCUUCGCGACACCCGUCAUAAGUACACGCCCAGCUGAGCUGACAACCAUCCCCACCGCUUAGCUAUUCUUGAGCGAAAGCUGGAGGCUCUUACCCAACAUGUUACAGGGUCCAUGUAGUAGCUCCAAAAGGUAGCUGCAACGCGACUGGGGGCGGCAUGUUUUGCGCAAUCGUUUCACCUCCAGCUUCACGAUCAGGUCGCGUUUCAAGUUCCCAUCCAAAAGUUCGAGACCUCUUUAUACAAAAACGAAACCGCUACCCAUACUGUUCUUUUGCUCAUGCAUCUUCACAUUGACUGAACACAGAACCCACUCCAAAUUCCCACCCCAUCAUCAUGAAGUCAGCUAUUGGUCUGAGCUUGCUAGGAAGCGCGCUCGCACUAUCGAACGAGAAAGUCGGCUUUGUUGCACAACAGCCUCUCAUACAAGAUGCUUGCCCGUCAAAUCAUCUACUUGACAACGGCAAAUGCCUGCCUUUGGCAUAUGGCAACUCACCAGCAUCAGUAGCAUUCCAGUCCAACACCUCCGACCCCUCGCCUCACACAAAUUCCCUAGAAGACGCCCGGGCGUUAGCCUCUCAAACAGAAAACUUCCCUUGGACAUUCUGGCCAGAAUGUUUCACAAACGAAAAAGUCGCAGAGCCCUACUGCGUCUUCAGCAAACAAGACUUCGCAUCAGGGCGAGGCAUCUUCAUCGUAACCGCACGUACCUUCGCCUACGCCAUGCUACAACACGACGCAUUCAAGCGCCCAGAAACCCUCGAGCGCAUCAACCACUACGAGAACCCACCAUUCUACCAACAUGAAUUCCCAGGAAAAGGAAGAGGCCUAGUCGCCAACAAGACCCUCCAGCGAGGCGACCAGAUCUUCGCUUCCACCCCCAUUCUCAUCACAGACCCCGAUCUAUACGACCUACCCGAAUCUGAGCGCCUUGCGCUGAUACAUCGCGGUAUCGACACACUUCCGAAGUCGACGCAGUCGUUGUUCUGGGAGCUCAUGGGCCACACGCCCGAUGCCGAUGAGAUAGACGACCGCAUCACGACCAACAACUUCGAAGUCGCUAUCGACGGUAUCUCGCAAUCCGCGCUCUUCCCCGAGAUUGCUAUGCUGAACCACGACUGCCGACCUAACGCUGCGUACUUCUUCGAUGAAAAGACGCUGACGCACUACGUCCAUGCUAUCCGGCCCAUCUACCCCGGCGAGGAAAUCACAAUAACAUACAUCAACAACGAGCUACCGCGUGCAAGGCGUAUGCGCGGUUUGGAAAAGAACUGGGGGUUUAAGUGUUCCUGCUCAACGUGUACUGCACAUGCUUCUUUGGUUGCAGAGUCUGAUUCGAGGCUCGAACAAAUCGCUGCUCUUGAAAAGGAUGUUCUCAACGAUUGGACGGAAUCUUCGUCUGCGACGCCCGCCACAGCAGAGCUUCUUGUUAGUUUGUAUAAGCAAGAGCGUCUCGAUGCUAGUCUCGCGACGGCGUACCAGCAUGCUGCGGAAGUGUAUAGUAGUUUUGGGAUGAAGUGGGAGGCAGUUCGGUACGCGAGGUUGAGUGUAGAGAUGAGCAUGCUAGACAAGGGCUGGAACGACAAAGACACUGCUGUAAUGCAGAAAAUGGUUGCCGACCCGACGAUGACGUGGAGUUGGAAGAAGAGGGUCGGGGCCAAGAGCGGAUGCGGAUGUGGCAAAGCCCAUUGAAGUGUACUACGAAGAGAAAUAGUGGUAUGAUAAGAUACAGUCUAAUUAAAUAUAGAUGAAGACA